AUGGUUUUUUUUUUAAAUAUCGUAUUCCAGCCAAAAACGCGUGUGGCACGAUGGCUCAAUCAGCAUUCGCAACCUGUUCGAGUUGGACGUUUGCCAUUAAACCGUAGAGCCAAAAGCAACCAAAGUGUACAGUGGUCGAAUUCCGCCAAUCACCCCAAAACUUCGAGCCUCACGUUGACGGCGUCUAAGAAAGAAAGAGAGAGAGUCUACGUAUCCGAUGCGGACGAUUGUACGGAGAUUGUAACCUACAUGUGUUGCCCCUAA